AUGAAUCAACCAAGUGUUAACUUUUUUGGUCGAGUUAUUCCAAAAGAUGUUUUCUUUGUUCGUUUAUUUUAUUUACUUUAUUUUGCAUCAUUUGGCUCAUUAUUCCCUUUAUUAGCUGUUUAUUUUAAACAACUUGGCCUUUCAGCUGCCCAGGCAGGAAUUCUUUUAGGUUCUAGGCCUAUCGUUGAAUUUGUUGCAAGUCCUUUUUGGGGAAGUUUUGCUGAUCGGUUUAAAAAAGUUAAAUUGCUUUUAUUAUUUUCUGUUGGAUCAAUGAUUGUUUUCACUUUAGCUGUUGGUUUUGUGCAACCUUUAACCCCUUAUUGUGUUGUACUUGACAAAAACAAUACUGGAGGGGAAUGUAAAUUUUUGGUUCCAGCAAGUAAAAUAAUUAGAGGUGGGGCUUUGGGGUAUAUUAAAAAAGUUGCUGAUAUUGGAAGAAGGAAAAAAAGAGAUAUUCUUUCAAUAAUUGAUUUAUCAACUUUUGAUAAUAAUGAUGAUUUUGUUUAUGGAAAGGCGCCAGAAUAUAUAACAAAAGAAAAAGUUUGUGAUUAUGAUGAAAAUCUUUAUGGAGUUCUUGUAUCACCUCCACACAGCACAAGAGUUUAUCGAGAACAAGCUGUAGAGCAAGCCUUUAUGCUUCUUUGGUUACUUAUUGCUUUAGGAGAAUUUUUCUCUUCCCCCACAUUGCCAUUAGCCGGUAUUUUAUUUAUUUAUUGGAUUAAUUAA